AGCAAAUCUUAUUGGUAAAGUCGUGUGUGUAUUGCUUUUUUUUUUUAAGAACCAUUUCCUUUCAGUUUUAACCAUAUUACUGUGCACACAGUUUGCACUCAGUCUGUCAGCGGAGCAGCUUUCUGUUUUGAUAGCUGAGAAGUGUACCUUCAUGUCUGAAAAAAGACAUGGUUAAUAAACUAGUUCCAAUUUUAAGAUGUUUCACUUAGAAGAUGAUAGUGAAGAUGAGGAGGAGAAGGUUCAUGAAGGCUCAUUAAGUAAAACUGAAGGUGUUCACCAUGGAAAGGCCCCUGCUGGUAUCCUGUCUCAAACCAUGAAUUAUGUGGGACAGCUGGCUGGCCAGGUGAUUGUCACUGUGAAGGAGCUCUACAAGGGCAUCAACCAAGCCACUCUGUCUGGGUGCAUUGACGUUGUCGUGGUGCGGCAGCAGGAUGGCACCUUUCAGUGUUCACCGUUUCACGUUCGGUUCGGGAAGCUGGGAGUCCUGAGAUCCAAAGAGAAAGUGAUUGAUAUAGAAAUCAAUGGCGAUGCCGUGGAUCUUCACAUGAAAUUGGGUGACAAUGGAGAAGCUUUCUUUGUGGAAGAGACUGAAGAGGAAUAUGAGAAGCUUCCUGCUUACCUUGCCACCUCACCAAUUCCUACUGAAGAUCAGUUCUUUAAAGAUAUUGACAGCCGUUUGGCGAAAUCUGGUGGAAAUGAAAGACCAUCUCAGAGUUCAGACAUCUCACACAUCUUGGAAACAGAGAGAGUUUUCACUCCAAGUUCUGUGAAAAAGAAAAAACGAAGGAGAAAGAAAUGCAAACAGGACAGUAAGAAGGAAGACCAGGCCUCUUCCCCUGCUGCAGAGGACAUGGUGGAUGUGAACCUGAGCUCUGACGAUGACAAGCGGGCCCAGUCAGCAAGAGGAUCUUCAAAUGCUUCCUUAAAGGAAGAGGAAUGUAAAGAGCCUUUGCUCUUCCAUUCUGGGGAUCACUACCCCUUAUCUGAUGGAGACUGGUCCCCUUUAGACAACCCCUAUUCCCCGACGGCAGUGUGCCCUAAGAGCGAUUCAGAGCUAGAGGUGAAACCUGCCGAGAGCCUGCUCAGAUCUGAGUCCCACAUGGAGUGGACGUGGGGCGGGUUCCCAGAGUCCACCAAGGUCAGCAAAAGAGAGAGACCUGACCAUCAUCCUAGGACGGCUACGAUUACUCCAUCAGAAAAUACCCAUUUUCGGGUAAUUCCCACUGAGGACAGCCUCAUAAGUGAUGUUGAAAAGGAUGCUUCCAUGGGAGAAACGGUCUGUACCAUUGUGAAACCCAAACCCAGAGCCCUGUGUAAGCAGAUGAGCGAUGCUACUGGAGCUGCAGAACUUCUCGAACCUCUCCUUGAGCCUCCUCCGAUCUCAUCUAUGUUAGAUGCGGACCACCUUCCUAACCCCUCGUCAGUGGAGGCUCCAUCAGAAUCAAAACCAGCAGCUAAAGUAGACUCGCCGUCAAAGAAGAAAGGUGUCCACAAGAGAAGCCAACACCAGGGACCUGAUGAUAUUUACCUGGAUGACUUAAAGGCUCUAGAACCUGAAGUUGCAGCUCUCUAUUUCCCUAAAAGUGAAUCAGACCCUGUCUCCAGGCAGUGGCCCGAGUCUGACACGCCCUCUGGCUCCCAGUCCCCACAGUCCGUGGGAAGCGCAGCUGCCGAUAGCGGCACUGAGUGCCUCUUGGAUUCUACCAUGGACUUGCCCGACGUCACCCUCUCCCUUUGUGGGGGCCUCAGUGAGAACGGAGAAAUUUCUAAAGAAAAAUUCAUGGAGCAUAUCAUUACUUAUCAUGAAUUUGCAGAAAACCCUGGACUUAUAGACAAUCCUAACCUUGUAAUACGGAUAUAUAACCGUUACUAUAACUGGGCUUUGGCUGCUCCCAUGAUCCUUAGCUUGCAAGUGUUCCAGAAGAGUUUGCCUAAGGCCACAGUCGAGUCCUGGGUCAAAGAUAAGAUGCCAAAGAAAUCUGGUCGCUGGUGGUUUUGGCGUAAGAGAGAAAGCAUGACGAAACAGCUGCCGGAGACCAAGGAAGGGAAGUCGGAGGUGCCGCCGACCAGUGACCUGCCGUCGGGCGCAAAGGAGCCGGCUGGUGGCAGGCUGGCCGAGGAUGACUCGUCGAGUGACGAGGGAUCACAGGAGCUGGAAGAAUCGAUCAAAGUGGACCCCAUCCCCACAGAGCCCCCAAGCCGCUGCAGCACCACCUCAUAUAAGAAGUCUCUUCGACUCUCCUCGGACCAGAUUGCAAAACUGAAGCUCCAAGAUGGCCCAAAUGAUGUUGUUUUUAGUAUUACAACCCAAUAUCAAGGUACCUGCCGCUGUGCAGGGACCAUUUACCUAUGGAAUUGGAAUGACAAGAUCAUCAUUUCGGAUAUUGAUGGAACAAUAACCAAGUCUGAUGCUUUGGGACAGAUUCUUCCACAGCUGGGUAAAGACUGGACUCAUCAGGGUAUAGCGAAGCUCUACCAUUCCAUCAACGAGAAUGGCUACAAGUUUCUGUACUGUUCUGCCCGUGCCAUUGGCAUGGCCGACAUGACCCGUGGCUACUUGCACUGGGUCAAUGACAAGGGCACGAUCUUGCCCCGGGGCCCUCUGAUGCUGUCCCCCAGCAGCUUGUUCUCGGCCUUCCACAGGGAAGUAAUAGAAAAGAAACCAGAAAAGUUCAAAAUUGAGUGUCUAAACGAUAUCAAGAAUCUGUUUGCCCCAUCUAAGCAGCCCUUCUAUGCUGCCUUUGGAAACCGUCCAAAUGAUGUCUAUGCUUACACGCAAGUUGGAGUUCCAGACUGCAGAAUAUUCACUGUGAACCCCAAGGGAGAAUUAAUACAAGAAAGGACCAAAGGAAACAAGUCAUCGUAUCACAGACUGAGCGAGCUCGUGGAGCAUGUGUUCCCACUUCUCAAUAAGGAACAGAAUUCCGCCUUUCCAUGCCCAGAGUUCAGCUCCUUCUGCUACUGGCGAGACCCAAUCCCCAAAGUGGACCUGGACGACCUGGCCUGAGGCAGCACCUCGGGGGGAGGUCCUCAGUUACUCGCUUGGAAGCGAGAGAAAGGGACUGGCAUUUCUGCUGGACAGAGGACACUGGGCUCUCCGAGCCACAAGCGUGGAACAAGACAUGAGUUGCCGGGCGGGCACCAGCAGGGACUGAGAGAGCUCCUGGAGCUGGAGCUGCUGCCCUCCUGCACCUUCGCGGAUCUGGCGGGGUUGCUGCAGCUCAGGGCCCCGGCGGGAGAAGGGAGGGGAGCUCAGACCUGAGGUUGGAGGCGCUGCACUCCUGUCACUGGUCCUGACACGCUGUGUCAGGUUGUGUACUGGGUGCUCCUUUAAUUGAAUAAUUUAAAAGGAAGAAAAAAGAAGCUAAAUAAGAGUGGACCAAAACAUUGCGCAAAGUAAAGUGUUAUAUUUUCCA